AUAGUGAUUCUUAAAUGUGUUGGCACGCUUGACGUUGACAGGCUCGAGCUGCUAUCUUUAAUUUUCUGUUUAAUUCUGUACAUCCGGAAGAUUGUCGAAGCGAGGUUGCGUCCACGGCAGACGUAUCCGUUUGACGGUAUCAAGGAGCGCAUAGUUGGUGAUGUUAGGUCUGGGUUAGCCGGUGAUUUAGAGCUGGUAGCUAGCUGCUAGCUAACACGGUUUCACCGGCACGGGCAGCGGACGGCUCUUUGUCUGACAGGGGAAGGCGUGCUCUUUUGUUAGCUUUUCUUUUGUGCACUCGCGAAAGAGGAACUGUUGGGUCAGGAUUUUACUGUCACCCUCAGUCCUGGUAGGAUUUAGAAAAUGCAGGUCGCGAAAAAAUACUUUACAGAAGGUUUGAUUCAGUUAACGAUCCUACUUAGUUUGAUUGGAGUUCGAGUAGAUAUCGACAGUUACUUAUCAGGCUACAACUCGCCUUUGGCAGAGAUUAACUCGGGUCCUAGCUCAGCCUACAUACAGACACCCUUUCACAUUUUAAGAGACACCCUUGACGGAAACGGUGUCCAUCCAAAAUGUCCUGAGUUGGAUUAUUUCUUUGCGAGUCGUCGCCUGAUAGAGGAGGUGAGGAGCCUCGGUUCCCCGCGGUUCCCCACUCAGCUGAACACAUGGCUGGUGCAUCAAGUUUCUGCCACUGACGAGGCUGACCAUGGGCCUCCAACCAGCAAUAACACCAACUCCAGCUCAGGGUUGGACUCUCCUGGAGAUGAGGGAAGCGAUGGCAGUAACCACCUGUCUCUCCGAGGACAAGAGGUGGACCAGACAAGACCUGAACCUGUACGGGGGCCUGGUGGAGCUGGGGCCUGUCUAGAGGAAGGCGAUGUUGAAGUUAAAGAGGAGGAUGAAGCUGUUCCAGUCACUCAGCUGGCUCACAGUUCCACACUGGAACAAGAGAGUUUCUUUGAAGGCAUCACUGCUCUGUCUAACCCAGUACAUCACUAUGCCCCUCCCCCUGCCUCGGAUAUUGACUGGAGCAACUUACUGUCUGUUACAGACCUUGAUGAACUGGACUCUCUCGUUAAUGAGCGUCCAUCUGAGCUUGAUGCAGACAUCACCAACGCCAUCAGCCAGGAUGUCAGUUUGCAUGAUGCCAUGGUAACCGCUGGUGGAACGUUUGGUGUGGGAUCUGGAACAGCUGAGACCAGGAUAGUCACCCAGCAGAGAAGAACCCUGCUACGGCGGGAAUCCUCAGACUCCUCGCUCUCAGAUGCAUCACCCGGCAUGGCUGUGGGCCUCGCGGCGCUCCCGUUUGCCUCUGUGUGUAAUCUAACUGGAACUAUGAUGUCCCAGAGUUCGCUGGGCAGCUGUCUUGAUGAGGCCGUGUUUGAUCAGAUCAAUCAGCUUGGCUUAGAAAGCCUGGACGCCAUCGACAAUCAGCUGAUGGACACUCUGAGCUGCAUGGACUCUCGUGGCCUCGAGGACUUGGACUCAGACUCUGGGCUGUCCCUAGAAAGCAGCUAUGGAGGUCCAGUGUCUCCAGGCUCAUCUGAGAUGUCUUCAUCAAGCAGCUCGUACUGCGAGGACGAAGGUGGAGCUACAGGCUACAGCAGUGAGGUGCAUCCGUUACCCCCAAAGGGUGUAAUGAACCACGCCACCAUGCGGUCGCCUGUGGAUCUGAGUGAGAACGUGUGGCACGAUCACAGCUACUCGUCUCCUGCUUUCCUCAACAAGGCGUCUUUAAAACUGCCCCACAAAACAGAGCCUUUUGGCGACGACGAAGAGCGGGAUCUGAGUCGUGAUGAGCUGCGAGCCCGUGCCCUGUGCAUCCCGUUCUCUGUCCUGCAGAUUGUCAACAUGCCUGUGGAGGAGUUCAUGGAGGUUCUGGACAGCCACGGACUCUCCCCUGAGCAGGUGACUCUGCUGAGGGACAUCCGCCGGCGGGGGAAGAACAAACUGGCAGCUCAGAACUGCCGCAAAAGGAAAUUAGAUGCCAUCACCGGUCUUCAGGAGGAGGUGGACAUGUUGCAGGCUCGGAGGGAACGACUGCUGAGAGAGAAACAGCUUACAGCUAAGACCAUGGGGGCUGUGGGCCAACAGAUAAAGCAGUUGACCAGAGAUGUUCUGGCUCGGCUCAGGGAUGGGUCAGGACAGCCCCUGAGCCCAGACAGAUUUACCCUGCAGUGUGGCGCUAACGGGAGGUUUGUGGUUCAGCCCAUCAGACGUCCAGCCGUCUCCACAUCAGCAGGCAACAAAACAAACAAGAGGAAAAAAGGGAAGAAGCAGUGAUGUUUCGUUUCCUGCUGAGACUUGAGCUUUUAGAGGCUUUUUUGAUAUUCCCGAACUUGACUGACUCUGGGUUUGGGGUUCUUUUUUUGUAGGUGGUGUGUGUGUGUGUGUGUGUGUGUGCGUGCGUGCGUGCGUGUGUGUGUGUGUGCGUGCGUGUUUAUUCACCACUGCCAUAAGCCUUCACUAUCAGAAGCUGCAAAAACAAAACAACACUCUGAACACAAAUGAAUAAUUCGAUAGAAUAUCUGUAAAUAUUGAGACAUUAGUAGUGGGCACACUGGACUUUGUGUUUAUUAAAGCUGGCAGCAGAACCAGCCCCUCUCUGGGCCGGGCCUGAUAACGUAAAACUAUCACCUUUACUGGGUAUGGGUCCGAGGGGUUUUGUGUGUAACUUUGCCUUUUUAAGUCUUUUGAGGAGAACUAGGAAGUUGAAGAUUAUAUUUAUUCUGGUUUGAAAGGUUUUUGAAGUGUUUUCAUUUUGACGAAGACUGUUUCCUUCUCUUUUUUUUUCAAAAUGGAAAAGUAAAAUUUAAGUAAAUCUAAUGUUUACAGGGGCGUUUAAGGUAACUGUGUGUAAUGUUAUUUAUUUAGGCUAAAACUGGAAAAAAUAAUAAAGAUUUGUCUUUCUCAUAGUUGCCAGGGGUGACAUGCCAAAUACCAAUGAUUACAAUGAAGAGGCUUUAUUUUGUAACGUUGUAUUUGGUUCGAAAAUAAUCCACACACGAAUGCUUUAAGACACUAUUGAUGCAGAUUUUAAUAACAAAUAGAUGGUUUUGACUUAAAUCCUUCAUAGUUCGAGUUUCAGCAUGCUAUGCUCAGAAAUCAGUUUUUGAUGAUGUUCAGCUAAAAAUGAACCAAAGCGGUGGUCCCAGCUUUGUUGAAUGUUGUUUUAUAUGCAGCGUGCUUCUGUAAGGUUUGCUGAGUUAAAUAGAACAAUUCUAAAACGGUCUCACGCAACUUCUUUUGUUUGAUUUCCAGUUUACAGGGAUGACUUUCUGUGAUUUUUGGCUCCAGUUUCAUCUAAAAUGGAUUUUCUUUCUCAGUGAGGUUGUGUGAGGUAUUCUAAUCAGUUUUUUUCUUGUUUAUAAUUGUUUUAUAAUCUCUUUACUCCUAAAAUACACCCAAAAUGAUACAUAAGGUUGUAUCUAUGUUACAAAGACCCAUUCUGGAAAACAUAAUUUCUCACUUUUCCCAUAAAGAUGCUUCUAAAUGGCACAAAAAGGCAAACUUUACUCAUCUGCUGACCCUUUUGUGCUUUACUUAAGUCAGCUGAUCUGACAUGAAUCCCCUCACAUCUACUAAAGCACAACCUCACCUAAAAAUAACUUUAGAACAGAAGAAAUCCCCUGUCAUGCAAAAUAUGUUAUCCACUCGCUACACAAACAAGAAUGAUUGUUGUCUGUUUAUAUGUUUGGGAUUAUUAGAGAAUGCAAUAUGACAGGCUGAGUGUUUGAUUACACUAGGGCAGGGGUGUCCAAUCCUGGUCCUCGAGGGCCGUUAUCCAGCACGUUUUUCGUUUUAACCUGCUUCAGCACACCUGAUUUCAAUCAGCAGGUGAUUAACAGGCUUCUGCAGAGCCUGAUGAGCUGCUGCACAGGUGAUUCAACCAGCUAAUCAAGCAUUUUGAAGCAGAAAAACCACAAAACCUGCUGGUUACUGGCUCUCCAGGACCAGGAUUGGACUCCCCUGCACUAGGGAGUGUAUAAACUUAAUUGUGAUCCAAAGAUCAUGUUUUCUCUUUGUCCUGGUUUAAACGUUUAUUUGUGUGCAUUUCACUUUCAUACAUCUUGUUUUUUCAUGCAUGAGUCACAUUUGUCUGUCUGUUUGCGGUGAUUAUUGAAAAGAUAAAUCUGAUUGAAGAAUACUUGAUUUCUUUAUUAAAAACAUUUAAAUAAUG